UGAUUUUUCCGCUCUAUGCUGCCACCAUUUUUCCUGAUAAAAUGCCUUUCAAAGAUGUUGGGUUUGUCAUGCAUCUACACUAAAUAUUCCAGCUGUCAUUUGCAGUCAUAUGAUGGUGGUUUUGGCUUAGUUCCGGGCUCAGAAUCUCAUGGUGGUGCGACUUAUUGUGCGGUUGCAGCUCUACGGUUGAUGGGAUUCAUCAAAGAUGAUAGUCUAUCCAAAUUCAUUUCAUCUUCUGUCAUCAACGUGCCAGCGUUGCUGGAGUGGAGCUUACAGAGGCAAACAAUUGAUGGUGGAUUUCAAGGCCGAACCAACAAGCCUAGUGACACAUGUUAUGCAUUUUGGGUCGGCAGUGUUUUGAAGAUCUUAGGAGCUCACCACUUCUUUGACAAGGAUGCUCUGCGUGCUUUUUUGCUUUCCUGUCAGACCCCGUACGGCGGUUUCAGUAAAUUCCCGAAGCAGCUGCCGGAUCUCUACCAUCCCUACUAUGGGUUUUGUGCAUUUAGCUUGUUGGAUGAACCUGGGAUAAAACCGCUCUGCGUCGAGCUUGGCACCACUGAUUUUUCCUCUGGAAUGUGACCAUCUUCUGCAAAUCCAAAGGCUUCUACAAGGAUUGCAGCCAAAUGCUGAAUACAGCAAAAUGCAUCAGAGGAUGGAAUUCGGUUGGUGAAAAUGGUCAUCCGAUUGGCAGCAUGCAAUUUUAGUACAGAUUCAAAUAGCUAUUGAUUUCGUUGUGACAUAAACUGUAUUACAAAACGCUUAUUGUUAUCAUUUUGAGGUGUAUUAUAAAUCUCAUUGAAAUUUCAUUUGGGUGCAUUCUGGCCCAUUUUUAGGAAAGUCCCAAAAAUAGUGAUUGGAUUAUCUUAGCUGUCACUUUAGAAGCCAAAAAAUGGACAGCUAA